AGCAGAACUCCAUUAAGUUCCCUACAGGCUCUUAGUUAUAAUAACAAUAUGGAGCAUAUGUCAGCCAUGUCUGAAGGUGAAUGGAGUGGAAUGUAUUCCUCUUAUCAGGAGGCUGAUUUUAUUGAUCAGUUUCUUAGUAACUGUUUGCAGCCUAAUAACAUUAACAAUUCUAUGUAUUUUUCUUCACAAGGAAGUAGUUAUAAUGGUUGUUGUAGUUCUCAAUUUUCCCUUCCGAGUCAUGAAAGCUACUACGAGAGUCAUGUUCAAUCAAUCUUGAUGAGAAAUGAGAGUUCAAUAACAAAAGAAUAUGAUAUGGUGGAAGGUGAUAACAUAAGUUCACCCUCUCAGGUACUUACUAAUAAUUACAAGCUAAUUGAAGUGGAUGACUUCUUUAACCAAGAUAUGAGCAAUGAUAGCAUGGAGUAUGUAUUGCAAGACAAAGUGGAUAGUCCACCAGAGAGCUCUAAGAAAAAAAGAUCCCGUGGAUUGCUUGUUGAUGUCCCAAAGAACAAGAGAAGCGUAAAGCUGAAAAAGACUAGUGGGAUGGAUGGGGAAAACAAGGCCGCACUUCAGAGGCAGAAUUCUAUUAGUUGCUGCUCGGAAGAUGAAUCUAAUGUUUCUCUCGGGUUGACACGAAAAUCCAGAGCCAGCAGAGGUUCAGCAACUGACCCCCAGAGCUUGUAUGCUUUUGCUUGUUUUCUCGAUCAUCUAGUAUAUAUGAUCAUAAUUAUUUUCUUUCCUUUUUACAGAAGAGAGAGAAUUAAUCAAAGAUUGAGGAUCUUGCAGAGUCUAGUCCCUAAUGGAACCAAGGUUGACAUUAGCACCAUGCUUGAAGAGGCAGUCCAGUAUGUCAAAUUCUUGCAACUCCAAAUCAAGCUUUUAAGCUCUGAUGACCUAUGGAUGUAUGCUCCCAUCGCGUGCGGAAUGGACAUUGGCCUAGAUCUGAUGAUGGGUACUGCAAAAUCAUAAUGUUAAUUGAAAAGCUCACAACACGUGGUGGCAAUGGAUUUGUACAUUUAGUAAAUUGAUAGAUGAGAGCAUUAUCAUACCGGGAGAUAAAGAAUUAUUGCCAUUUUGUAAUGGUGUCUAAUCAAGACUCAACCUAUGGACUGGUUAUUAUUAUCUUAUCCAUGAGACUAAUCAUUCUUCUCUGACUGACUAUUCAAAUUUAAUAACUUCCUUUCUGGCUGCUACCUCAACAUGAUGAAGGAGCUGGUUUCAAGUGUUUAUAGCAUUUUGCAGGGUGUCAU